AUUCUGCCUUGCCAUGGGCGACGCCAGACAUGGGACGAAAAAAGGAGGAGGCGCAUGCAGACAGAUGUGGGAAGGCGCUGCAGGAGACGACGGGCCAACUCCCGCUUCGGCUGAGCCGCUCUAGGCCACCCCCGGCGACGUCACACGGAUCAUGCCAGCCUCAGGUCAAGGGUCGUGAUUCGUGGCGAUAACGAUGUCCUGCGGCGGCCCCUUUUUCUCAGGCUCCUUUCUAUCUCGGCAAUGGCAUGAUUGGCAGAGUUAUGAGGGACCGGUGAGCCGAUCCCUUGUUCCCGCGCCACCCGCGACCCCUGCACCCCCUGGGAACCGCAUACGACGAGGCGUUUUACGGCCGAGCACGUUUCUCGCGAGCAGGUUUCUUGCGAGCCCGUUUGGGAGCGAGGGGGGGAAGUGGAGGGUCGGGGAAGCCAGGGAGGCCGGUUCCAGCCUCCUUACCGAUUCCGAGGUCGAGUCCGCCUUGCUCCGCGCACGCAGUUAUAUUACGCUCGUUCCCCAGCACACCAGCAGUACCGAGAUGGCCAGCUUGCACGCCAAAUGCUUCUAGGAGCUGUUCUUACCACCUUUGGCAUCUUCUCACCACUUCAACAUCACGAGGCGCACGAUGGCAGUCUGCCUCGACCGCCAGGUCUUUUACGUCCCUCCAGUGGUGGCGGGUCCCAAGCCUGCG